GGGGCGGCUCACAUUCCGUCCCACGGCGGCCAAAUGAGGGUUCGUCUCUUUUUUGGCGUCGGUCCAUGUUGGGGAAGGGGCUGACAUCGCUGCCUAAGGGGCCCUAGCAGAGGGGCUGAGGGGGCACUCCGCCAAAUUCAGACGGGCGGGGGACCUCCUUUCUCCGCUAGGGGUCCGUUUCUUCUAUAAAAAUUGGGGGGGGGCUGGCCUAGGGGACCCCCGAGUCCCUGGCAAACCUGACAAGUAGAGAGACGUUCCCGCUCCCUCGCUCCCUCCUCUGGCCUCAGUUUCCAUCUCGGACGGGGCCCCUCCUCAGGAGCUGGGACUCUGCCCGCAUCGGUUUUCCGUUGGGCGGGGGCGGCCGGACUCAGUUUCCCCUCCCAGCCAGCCCAGCCCCGCCGCCCCGGGCUGCCCAGACUCCGCCCGCUGCCCGCCGCCGGCCCGGCCCCCGUGACGCCGCCUCCGCCCCAAACUUUUUCCUGCCCAUCCCGGCGCGGCCGGCCAGGAAUGGAAAAUGGCGGCCUAGGAGCGGACCCCGUCGCCGGCCGGCCCGUGCCCACCCCCCGCCUAUCCGGCUGCUCCGGCUAUCCGAAGCCCCGCGCACCAUGAGCCGCUGGGUGCCCACCAAGCGCGAGGAGAAAUACGGAGUCGCUUUCUAUAACUACGAUGCCAGAGGAACUGAUGAGCUCUCUUUGCAAAUCGGGGACACCGUGCACAUCUUGGAAACGUUCGAAGGCUGGUACCGAGGAUAUACGCUGAGGAAAAAGUCUAAGAAGGGCAUAUUUCCUGCUUCGUACAUUCACCUGAAGGAGGCGAUAGUCGAAGGAAAAGGGCAACAUGAAACGGUCAUCCCCAGCGAGCUUCCCCUGAUCCAAGAAGUGACCACCACCCUGAGGGAAUGGUCGAUAAUAUGGCAGCAGCUUUAUGUGCUAGACAACAGGGAGAUGUUCCGCAGCGUCCGGCACAUGAUCUACGAUCUCAUCGAGUGGCGCUCCCAGAUCCUUUCGGGAACUUUGCCGCAGGACGAGCUGAAGGAGCUCAAGAAGAAGGUCACUGCGAAGAUCGACUAUGGGAACAGAGUUCUCGAUUUGGACCUGGUGGUCCGCGAUGAAGACGGGAACAUCUUAGACCCAGAGCAGACGAGCACCAUCAGCCUCUUCCGGGCUCACGAAGUCGCCUCCAAGCAGGUCGAGGAGAGGUUGAGAGAAGAGAAGUCUCAAAGGCAGAACAUCGACAUUAACCGACAGGCCAAGUUUGCCGCUACGCCCUCCUUCGCCUUAUUGGUCAAUCUGAAGAACGUGGUCUGUAAGAUCGGAGAAGACGCCGAGGUGCUCAUGUCUCUCUACGAUCCGGUGGAAUCCAAGUUCAUCAGUGAGAACUAUCUGGUCCGUUGGUCAAGUUCAGGGUUACCCAAAGACAUAGACAGAUUACAUAAUUUACGAGCCGUGUUCACUGACCUUGGCAGCAAAGAUCUGAAAAGAGAAAAGAUUAGCUUCGUCUGCCAGAUAGUCAGGGUCGGGCGGAUGGAGCUACGUGACAACCAUACUCGCAAGCUCACCUCAGGCUUACGGCGACCUUUCGGUGUUGCAGUGAUGGAUGUCACCGAUAUAAUCAGUGGGAAAGUAGACGAUGAAGACAAGCAGCAUUUCAUUCCAUUCCAGCCGCUAGCUUUGGACGACGUCAUUGGACACAAGCCGCUGAACCUGUCAUCCCGUUUUUCACCCAGGGUGGCGGGGGAGAACGACUUCCUGCAGACUGUGAUAAACAAAGUGAUCGCCGCGAAAGAAGUGAACCAUAAGGGACAAGGUCUGUGGGUAACGCUGAAGCUCCUCCCCGGGGACAUCCGCCAGAUUCGCAAAGAGUUUCCCCACUUAGUGGACAGAACCACUGCGGUGGCUCGCAAGAUGGGCUUUCCCGAGAUCAUCAUGCCCGGUGACAUCCGCAACGACAUCUACGUCACCUUCGUGCAAGGAGAUUUCGACAAAGGCAGCAAGACGACGGCCAAGAACGUCGAGGUCACCGUGUCCGUGUACGACGAGGACGGGAAGCGCCUGGAGAACGUGAUCUUCCCCGGGGCUGGCGACGAUGCUCUCUCCGAAUACAAGUCUGUCAUUUACUACCAAGUGAAGCAGCCUCGAUGGUUCGAAACCGUCAAGGUGGCGAUUCCCAUCGAGGAUGUCAACCGCAGUCACUUACGCUUCACGUUCCGCCACCGGUCUUCCCAGGACUCGAAGGACAAGUCUGAGAAGAUAUUUUCUCUGGCCUUCGUGAAGUUGAUGCGCUACGACGGGACGACACUGAGAGACGGAGAGCACGACCUCAUCGUGUACAAGGCCGAAGCGAAGAAACUGGAGGACGCGUCGACGUACUUGUGCCUGCCGUCCACCAAGAUCGAGCUGGAGGAGAAGGGCCACUCGGCCACGGGGAAGAGCAUGCAGAGCCUGGGCAGCUGCACCAUCAGCAAGGACUCCUUCCAGAUCUCCACGCUCGUGUGCUCGACCAAGCUCACCCAGAACGUGGACCUCCUGGGCCUUCUGAAAUGGCGCUCCAACACCAACUUGCUACAGCAGAAUUUGAGACAGUUGAUGAAAGUGGAUGGAGGCGAAGUCGUCAAGUUUCUUCAGGACACCCUGGACGCCCUGUUUAACAUCAUGAUGGAGAAUUCCGAGUGCGACACCUUCGACACGCUGGUCUUUGACGCCCUGGUGUUCAUCAUCGGCCUCAUCGCCGACAGGAAGUUCCAGCACUUCAAUCCCGUUCUGGAGACCUACAUCAAGAAGCACUUCAGCGCCACGCUGGCCUACACGAAGCUCACCAAGGUGCUGCGGAGCUACGUGGACAGUGCUGAGAAGCCGGCUAUCACCGAGCCUCUCUACAAGGCUAUGAAGGCCCUCGAGUACAUCUUCAAGUUCAUCGUGCGCUCCCGCAUUCUCUUCAAUCAAUUGUAUGAAAACAAGGGCGAAGCUGACUUCAUGGAGUCCUUACUGCAGUUAUUCAAAUCCAUCAGCGACAUGAUGGGCAGCACGUCUGAUCAAACGGUCCGCAUCAAGGGGGCAGCUCUGAAGUUCCUGCCCACCAUCGUCAACGACGUGAAGCUCGUGUUUGACCCCAAAGAGCUCAGCAAAAUGUUCACCGAGUUCAUCCUGAACGUGCCCACCGGCCUGCUGACCAUCCAGAAGCUCUACUGCCUGAUCGAGAUCGUGCACAGCGACCUCUUCACCCAGCACGACUGCCGGGAGAUCCUGCUGCCCAUGAUGACGGACCAGCUGAAGUACCACUUGGAGAGGCAGGAGGACCUGGAGGCCUGCUGCCAGCUGCUCAGCAACAUCCUGGAGGUGCUCUACCGGCCCGACGUGGGGCCCACGCAGUGCCACGUCCAGCUCAUCAUGGAGAAGCUGCUGCGCACCGUGAACCGCACCGUCAUUUCCAUGGGACGGGACUCGGAGCUCAUCGUGAGUGCUGACCGACGUCUGUGCGUGUGUGCGUGUGUGUGCGUGUGUGUGUGUGCACCUGUGUGUGCACCUGUGCGUGUGCACCUGUGUGUGCACCUGUGUGUGUGCACCUUUCUCUUUCUGAACGCCAUCGAGCGUCUGCGCCGUCCCGGACAGCCGUGCUUCUCGGGCACAGCCGGGCCUCGCGUGGCUUCCUCAGGGGCCCAGCGGAGGCUCGUUCGCCGUCGUUCUGCCCGUGGGAGGCUCGGGGGGGGCGGCUGGACGGAGCCUGGGAGGGACGGCCGGGCGCUUGGCGGAGGCCCACGGGAGGCUCGGGGGGGCGGCUGGACCGAGCCUGGGAGGGACGGCCGGGCGCUUGGCGGAGGCCCGCGGGAGGCUCGGGGGGGCGGCUGGACCGAGCCUGGGAGGGACGGACGGGCGCUUGGCGGAGGCCCGCGGGAGGCUUUGGGCAGAGUCCCGGGCGGGCACGUGCCAAGCAGGCACCGCGAGGCUCCCCUGCCGCGGGAACGUUUCUCGGAGCGCUGCUUCCUGAGAGAAGGAAGGCAGAAGGCGAGGAGGCUGCCGGGGGGGGCGCGGGGGAUCCUGCGGCCCGAGCUCUCUUUUCAAGGUCUCUUCCUGCGAGGUGCUGAGGCUGCGGCAGAUUACCGCGUCCCCAGCCGGCUCAGCCUGCUCGCCUUCCCUGGAGAUCACCUUUUCGAGCUCUUUGACCUACCCAACAACACAGAGAAAGAGGCUCCUUUCAGGCUGCCCGUUAGGGAAGGAGCAGAAUCCGCCGUCCUUACCAAAGCAUCCCAGCAGAGAACGCAGCGUGAAGGACGUGUGCUGGAGGAAAAGGGGGGGUUUGAGUGUGAGCCCCCCAGCGAUCGGAGCUUCCUUGGUCUGCUCCAGUUCGGCAGAUGGCGCCUGGUUCUGGGCGAGCACCGUAUGCGUGUGGUUGUUCCUCGUCUAAAAGACAUGCCAUCCUUCAUUGGGACCGUAUUGGUACACGUAAAGACAGAGGCCUUCCCGUCGAAACCCUGGCUCAGCGAUGUGAGCGUGCAGAGCUCGGAUCAGGAGAAACUAGCGUUAGUUACAUGA